UUCUCGCUGUGUGCGGUUUAAGUUUUUGUUAUCACAAAUUUUCAUCCUUAAUUGAUCAAUUUUUGUUGGCCAAAGUAUUUGCAGUAUUAUUAAUAAAAGUAGGCAACUUAGGAAACUCGAAUUACGCGUUGAAUUAGUAUUCAUUACAGAGUGUCAGCUAAAAAUGUGAAAAUGGCAUUAUUUGGCCAAACAAAACCUGUGAUAUAAGCUACCCAUUAUAGAAAGCUCCAUUGCGAGCGAAUCCGAGCUUUGCUCCCGUUAGUCGGGACAUCAGCUGACCCGGAGCAACAACAAAUAGCAGCUAAAAAAAGGACAACAUUUCGCGCUAAAAAUAACUAAAGUUCAUGGUCAACGUCCUCACGGAGAGUAUGCCAAUUUCUUUUGGCAAAAAUAACAUUUAAAAUGGCCCUGAUACGUUGCUGCUUCGAGCCGCCAGAAUUACCCGAGUUCUUUGACAGUUUCGUGCAAAGAUGCACGGAUCCAAGUUGCUGCUGUGGGUGCUGCUCGGCCCUGAGGCCGCGCUACAAGCGCCUGGUCGACAACAUCUUUCCCGUUAAUCCAGAGGAUGGUCUGGUUAAGUCGAACAUGGAGAAGCUUACCUUCUAUUCGCUCAGCUCACCAGACAAGCUGGAUCGAAUUGGCGAAUACUUGUACCAGAAGGCCACCAAGGACAUUAACCGAAAGCGUUACAAGCUGGCUGAAAUUGCUAUGGAGGCCAUGGACCUGCUGCUCCAGGCCUGUCAUGCCCAGACCACUCUCAACCUUUUCGUGGAGUCGUUUCUGCGCAUGGUACAGAAGCUGCUGGAGGACUCAAACCCAAACCUGAAGAUAAUGGCAACCAAUUCGUUUGUAAAGUUCGCCAACAUCAAUGAGGACACCCCUUCAUACCAUCGUCGGUACGACUUCUUCAUCUCGAAGUUUUCGUCGAUGUGCCACAGCGACGCGGCCAGUUUACGGGAUAGCCUGAGACUAGCUGGAAUCAAGGGCCUGCAAGGAGUCAUCCGCAAAACCGUCUCCGACGACCUGGUGGAGAACAUUUGGGAGGCCCAGCACAUGGAGAAGAUUGUGCCAUCGCUGCUGUUUAAUAUGCAGUUUUGUGUAAACGUUAUGUUCGUGAAGAAAAAUUUACUGGCGUCGGGCGAUCUCACUCCCGUUGAAGACGCCACCAAUGUAACGCCGCCGGCACUGGCCGAGGAAGUACUCCGAGAACUGGUGGGUCGCGCCUCCUUUGGACACAUUCGAAGUGUUCUCAAGCCGUUGCUGACUCAUUUGGACCGUCAUGAGCUAUGGGUGCCGAACACUUUUGCGAUUCAUACAUUCCGUAUUGUUAUGAUCUCCAUCCAGCCUCAGUACUCGUACACUGUGGUGGAGACGCUGAUGCAGCAUCUUGAUAGCAACUUCAAGUCUUCGCCCAAAACACGUACAUCGCUGGCGGUUGUGCUGUCGAAGAUUAUCGCCAUAGCGGCGGGCGAAAGUGUUGGACCAUCCGCCCUAGACAUCAUCAAUAACCUGCUGACCCAUCUGCGGACCAGCGUCAGCACCACCACCGAGAUAACGCCGGAGGAGUCGCAGUACCAGGAGGCGCUGAUCAAUGCUUUGGGAGAGUUCGCCAACCACCAUCCGGACUAUCAAAAGAUCGAAAUCAUGCUGUUCAUCAUGAACACGGUGCCCGAUCUUUCGAAGAAAAGUCGAGGCGAUCAGAUGCUCCAGAAUAUACUGCUCAAGUCGCUGCUCAAAGUUGGCACCCAGUACAGCACUGUGUCGUUUGAGAAGGCGUUCCCAGCCUCUUUCCUGCAGCCACUGCUGAAGAUGGCACGGGCCCCUCACGAUCCCACUCGAAUGGUUGUAAUGCAGAUCUUCCAGGCUCUGCUCGACCGCCACCAGAACGAACAGGUGCUCAGCAGCGUCUCAGUGAAGCCCUAUCCGGCGCUGUCUCAGGAACCGCCAUCCCGCUCCGACAUAAUCUUCACGCACAAAUACGGAGCUAACAUCAUGCAGGCGCUCAUCGACAGCAUGGCCCUAUCGGAUCGUGUUGAUGCUCUGACCUCCAGCUUCAACACCGCCGCCCUGCUCAUCGUCGAGAUGUCCUGCAACGAAACAGUACAGGAAUUCCUGCUAUUCAUUCUGGGCAUUCAGCAGGUGGCGAGCACUGUGGACACCCUGGGAAAUGUGCAUAAAUGCAAUUUGCACGCCAUAUCCAUUUCCCUGUUGGUGCUCAUUUCGCGAGUAAGUGGUAUUAACAACCUCCUUGACUACGCCCAGAAAAUAGUGGACGCGCGGCGCGAGGAAGCCACCCACUACCUACCACCUCUGCUGGAACCCAAGAAAAUGUCUGGCAAGAACCUGAACCUGGCCCUGCCACACCUGGCCAUCGAUAAACUAGCGUUGGGAGAGUGCUUGCAGAACGCGGGCAUGGAUGCCCAACGCCUAAAUACUGGCACUCCGUACACUCUUAACCAGACGGACCACCCGGGUCACCGCCACUCAUGGGUAGAGUCCGUCAGCACCCAGCUAACGCAGCGAAACAGCUCUGCAGACCUCACCGUCUACAAUGGGGACGUGGACAGCGUGAGCAGUUCACCAGGUGUCUGCAAGAAGCUUCUAGCACCGGAGUUCAACUUUGAGGCUAUGAAGCGGGCUCUGGCAGAACCCACGGAGGCCGCCAAGAGGGAGCAGCGAGAACGUCAAAUGCAGAUUGUUCGGAACUUCCGAGAAGGCGAAUUCGAUGAUCUGAUGAGACGCACUGAACCCAAGCACGAUCUCAUCCAGAAUCGUCUAAACGAGCUUUUCAAUUCCCUGGCCGUGGAACGACAAAUCACGCAGAGCGACAAUAAGGCGGCUCAACUGCAGGCGAGCAACGAGAAGCCCAUCUACGAGACGAACUUCCCCGAACUCUUUUAUUACUAAAUGGUAUUAUUCUGUACGGAAUCAAUGUAUAUUUAUAAUCCGAAAGCGAAUUUGUUUGGUGUGUAUAUGGGAGUUAGAUAAAUUUUAUUAAAUUUUUCGUUGUUAAUUGCAAACAAUUGAAUUGUUAAAAUACCCGGCAUAUGUACUUUGCAUUAAUUGUUAUACAAAUAUAAUAUAUAUGUAUACGCAA